AUGAUGACUAUAGACAAACACCAUUAUGGCCUUUUAUUUUUCCUCAUACACCCUUUGCCCCUUUCAAAUCUCUUUAACCAUGUAAAGCGCAGUUUCAUUCUCCUCAUGGCUCUCUUGUACUUUGAGGAAAAGGGGACUGAGUGGAUAAUCCUCGAGACGGGGAUCGGAGGUCUGCUGGACAAGACAAAUUUUGCGACAAACACCAAGAUUGUCGUCAUAUCUUCCAUAGGAUACGACCACAUGCACAUUCUUGGCAAAAGGUUGGAGGACAUUGCAAAGCAAAAGGCUGGAACGAUCAAGCAGAAUAGCAUCGUAGUUUUAGGUCCAAAUUGUUACGAUAAUGAUAUAUUUGUGGAAAAAGCAAAUGCAGUAAACGCCCGUGUUAUAAAAUGUGAGAAACGGGUCUUUAGUAGUUUUGAUGAGGAGAAUUCAGAAACAGCCAGAGUUGUGUUUGAACAGGCACUUGAACUUGGGAAAGCCCCAAGAUCAGCCCUUACUUCAUGCUUGGCAAUGCGCAUGCAAAUGCUAUCGAGUAAACAAAUUGAAUCUGUAAAGGCGCACCUGUCAUCGCUCAUCGGAGAAUGUAGUAAUGCAGAAAAAGUUGGAACUCCAAGAGCUGUAAUAUUCGACAUUGGACACAAUGAGACCGCAAUAAACAGACUGUGCAAUGACAUUGUAAAGUCGUUUGAAGACAAGAUAAUUUUAUGUGUGUCGAUAUCUCACAAUAGGAGUCUUGGAAUUUUCAAUCCGGCCGCCAGUGUGAGAAACAGGAGCGGUGAAUUGAUACUAAAGGACAUUUACUUUGUACCCUCUGGGCACGACUAUUGCCGACAGCUGUCUGACGCCGACCAAGAAUCGCUGACUAAAAGUGUAUCACCAGAGUUAGAGACUGCAUUUAAGCGGGGAAUUGAAAAAUCAAAGGGGUUUUGUUCAACUUGCGAGUCGCUUGACCCAUUUGAUGCCAUUUUGUACAAUGCCUUUUUGGAGUCUUGCAGGGGUUCACACAUACUCGUAAUCACUGGGACCGCCUACAUUAUGGAACAAGCCUGGAAAUCCCUAGGCUUGUCGCUGUAA